AAUUACUACUAGCUAGUGCAGCCAGUUAGUUUAAUGCUCACUUGUUUAACACUAAAAUCCUUGAUAAAUACCCAUCCUGGAUACCACGAUCCUGCGCUCGUAGAUCGCCAACUACCCAACACCCCAACUUAGCAACAAUUCGCCAUGGCGGAAGUUCAAAGUGAGAGCAACCAUAACGGCGGUGUCUUAGAGGGAGGUGGAGAUGAGAGCUUUGUUCCAAAGGCGGAAGGGUUCUGGGUGCUGUAUCAAGGCUGUUGGCUCAGAGCCCCGGCCGUGCAAAGCGUCAAGAUCGUGCAGGAGCAGUUCAAGGCGCGCCCCGACGACAUCCUCCUCGUCACAUACCCAAAGUGCGGCACCACCUGGCUCAAGGCCCUCGCCUUCGCCGUCACCAACCGCUUUCGCCACGCCGCCACCAGCGCCGACCACCCACUCCUCACCCAGCACCCACAGGACCUCGUGCCGUUUCUCGAGAUGCCCUACCGUCAGCUCCACCCUCUAGCUGAUCUCGAGAAGCUCCCCUCCCCAAGGCUACUCUCCACCCAUCUGCCGGACACGCUGUUGCCUCCGUGUGUGGCGACCCUCGGUUGCCGAGUUGUGUACUUGUGCCGCAGUCCCAAGGAUGUGCUCGUGUCUUUAUGGCACUUCCUCUAUAAGGUAAACAAGAACUACUCUAUAGAUAAAGCAUUUGAGUUGUUUUGCAAGGGGGAAUCCUCGUAUGGGCCUAUAUGGGAACAUAAUCUUGGGUUCUGGAAGGAAAGCAUAUCAAACAACGAUAGAGUUCUCUUCUUGAAGUAUGAUGAGAUGAUGGCCCAACCGGUCGAGCAUGUCAAGAUGCUCGCCGAGUUCGUCCGUGUUCCCUUCACGGAGGAGGAGAUUCGAUGUGGGGUUGUGGAGGAUGUGGUGCAAUUGUGUAGCUUCGAUACACUAAAAAGCAUGCCAGCCAACUCAUCCGGGGUAUCUGAUAGGAUUGGCGGGGUGCCAAUGGAGAAUUCUUCCUUCUUUAGGACCGCCAAGGUUGGUGACUGGGCAAACCACUUGACCGUUGAGAUGGCAGGGAAGCUGGAUGACAUUGUUGAGGAGAAGCUGAGAGGAUCUGAUCUUGCAUUUUGACAUCUUGAUUAUUGUCAUGAUUAAGUAUGUGCUUGCUAAGGCUGUGUGCAUCACUUAAGCCGAGGGUAUUCCCCUCUUCUCAAAACAAAGGUGUGUGUGUGUGGGCGCGCUUGUGCAACCCAAAUGUAUGUCCUCCUCAAUAAUGUGAAAGAUACGUACUUUGAUAUUUUA